CCAAUGGGCUGGAUCUCGGUAUAUAAACGAUUGACCGGCACACACAGGGAAGAAUUUCUCCUCCUGUCGUUUGCUCGUACUUCGGUAUUGUUACACUCUUUGCAAUUGAGCUGACCAAUUUGAGGCAAGAUGUUUGAGACAAGUUUCGCAGUUAUGAAGUUGAUGGUUGUGGUGAUGGUGUUCGUCGGGCAGGCCAGCGCAGCCGCCUUAGGCUCUUACGGCGCGGAUCCGACCAAGGUGUCGGUCAGCGGGGUGUCAUCAGGGGCCAACAUGGCCGUCCAGCUACAUGUUGGCUUCUCCGCCACCAUUAUGGGGGCAGGUGCCGUGGCUGGAGCGCCUUACUACUGCGCACGGGGCAGUGUACUGAGAGCGACCACGUUGGAGUGUUCCACUUUCGGUAAUCCAGGCAAUGUCGACAUACCCUACUUGAAGUCCAAGACGGAGUCUUAUGCUUCUUCUGGCAAAGUGGACGCCACGAGCAACAUGGCGUCGGACCGAGUCUACCUCUUCAGUGGAACUCAAGAUUCAGUUGUACAAACAGAUCUUGUGCAAAAACUUGAAGACUACUACGAGGAAUUCAUCCCCGCGGCGAACAUUAAGACGGUGUACGACGUAGCGGCUGGUCAUGCCUUCAUCACUGAGGACAACGGAUCGAGUUGUGGGACUAACUGGGUACCCUUCAUUAACGACUGCAACUACAACCAGGCGUUUGAAAUCCUCAACCACAUCUAUGGCGGCAACCUGGUGGAACCGGACAGCACCACUAUUGCGAGCGGGCAGAUAAAGUCCUUCUCACAGUCCGAGUUUUUCCCCUUCUAUUAUUACCUCUACCGUCCUAUGGCCUACACGGGUUACGUCUACAUACCGACCGGAUGUGCAUCUUCACAGAGUAACUGCAAGCUACAUGUGGCCCUCCAUGGAUGUUCACAGACAACCCUUUCGAUCGGCAACGAUUUCUACACGGAGACCGGUUACAACGAGGUAGGGCAGCUGAACAACAUCAUCAUCCUGUAUCCCCAAGCCUUGAUCAAUAACUGGCUGGGCAACGCCUUGGGUUGCUGGGAUUGGUGGGGCUACAUGGAUAGCGACUACGCUACCAACACUGGCUGGGAGAUGCAGGCCAUCAAAGAGAUGAUCGACCGCAUUCUGCAGUAAAGCCCCGCGAUGGGUGGUGUAUAGGGCGUGGUCAUAGGGUGUGGCCUGACCACGACCCAAAAAUAUAUAACAGGCAAAAUCAAAGGAUAAUAAAUAAGUAAUAUGAAAAAGUAGUUUUAGAAUUAUUAAGUUUAAUAUAAUCUGAUAGCGCAAUCAAUGAAUAUUUGAUCAAAGAUAUUGACUGGGCGUGAGUUGAACCUAAGACAUCUAGAACACGUGCCAAGGGUGUGGAACCAGAGUUAUCUAGCCCAUUAUUGUGGGACUACUAAAGGGAUCUUAUGCGCUACCUCACAGGGUCUUCGACCACUUAGAGAUCUGAAUGACAUUCAGCGAUAAUAACCGUUAAUAAACAGUAGUCUUAGUGGCCUAUUAGGUCAAAUAUUUAAUCAACUAGCUGGAAAAUGAUGGGCGACAUUUGAAACACCAUACCAGUCAUCUACAAACUAUAAGCUGUUGAGCAUAUGUAUUCAAAUACCACGUACUCCAUCUUGGUUCAAAGUCAAACAUAUCAUUAUUAAAUGGUACGCAUUUUAUAGAUAGCUUCAAGCCUAGUCAAUAUGGGCUACAUACACUGCAAAAACUGCAGUGUUAAAUUUACACAUUGGUAUCUAUAUAGGACCAUCUGGUGAUAAAUUUUACUGGUGUUGUCCUAUAUAGAUACCGAAUGGUGUUAAAUUAACACUUCACUUCACUGCAUGUAUGCCAUAGCAACUGGACGGUGAUUUUCAUUGUUGAUUUAAUUUACAGUCGGAAACUUUGGACCUAAAAGUAUGAAUUUCAUUUGCAUGUUUACAGUCACUAAACGUAACACAUCGCUAUUGUUCAUCAGAAAUAAAUAUGGCAUAUCAGGAAGAAUGAA